UCUACUCACUCUGCACUGUUACAGAAGGUGACAGGGUAGAAACACUUGAGUAGGUGUUGUGCAGCAGAACUGAACGAUCUUAACAUACGAGAGUAUCAAACCUAGGUCUCACAGAGAGAAGUUGUAUGAUCCUAAAUUGUCAGGUCAGCGAUUUAUUGCUGUCUGGAGAGAAUAUAAACAAGCAUUACCGGACUUAAACAAAAACGCUCCAGCUGCACAGUCUGUUUACCUUCGGGAAUCACAAUUAGGAGUGAAACUAAAAAAGGUGCAUACAUGGACUUUCAGUUUAUGUAAGAAGCAGUCGUGCUUUCAAACCACAGAAAACCCAGAAGAUCUGACAAAAGUUUUUUGUUUUGGAGUUAAACCUAGAGACCACAAAGGUCAUCCACAAUGAAGUAUACAGCUCAAGAAUGGCUUACAGUAUCUGCCUUAUUCUUUGUAUUCCACUCCAUUGUUGCAAUGGCUAACCUGAAUGCUACAGAGUUUGAAGCACUUUUGGAAAGGUACAUGGAGGAAGAUGGGGAAUGGCAAACCAGCAAGUCAAGAGGAAAGCGAGCGAUCAGUGAAACUGAUAAGAAGCUCAUUCUGGAUCUUCAUAAUAAACUGAGGGGUCAGGUCUACCCCCAAUCAUCUAACAUGGAAUACAUGGCAUGGGAUUCAGAACUCGAGAGGUCUGCUGAAGAGUGGGCCGAAACAUGUCUUUGGGAACAUGGACCUGGUUAUCUGCUACCAUCCAUUGGACAAAAUUUAGGGGUACACUGGGGGAGGUAUCGACCCCCUACCUCUCAUGUGCAGGCUUGGUUUGAUGAAGCAAAGUGGUAUUCAUUCCCUUAUCCACAAGAGUGUAACCCCUACUGUCCUUUCAGGUGUUCUGGGCCGAUAUGUACACAUUAUACACAGAUGGUAUGGGCUACAACAAGCAAAAUAGGAUGCGCCAUUAACACAUGCUAUAAUAUGAAUGUCUGGGGUCAGAUCUGGGCAAAAGCAGUUUACCUGGUUUGCAAUUACUCUCCAAAGGGAAACUGGUGGGGUCACUCACCCUAUAAACAUGGACGAUCUUGCUCUGCUUGCCCACCCAGCUAUGGCGGUGGCUGUAAGGAUAACCUCUGCUACAAAGAAGACAGGAAAGACCAUGAUUCUCAGGAGCCAGAAGAAGAAACUAACGAGAUUGAAAGACAGAGAACCAGAACACAUAGUCAGGCAAGGACACAUUCACCAACUUCAUCUUCAAGAACUGAGGACUUGGAGAAAAAUGAUGUUGAAAGCAGAGAACAAAUGUCUCAGAUUGUGACGUGUGAGACCAGACUAAGAGACCAGUGCAAAGGCACAACAUGCAACAGAUAUGAGUGCCCUGCUGGCUGCUUGGAGAGCAAAGCAAAAGUUAUUGGAAGUGUGCAUUAUGAAAUGCAAUCAAGUAUCUGUAGAGCUGCAAUACACUAUGGGAUUUUGGACAAUGAAGGUGGAUGGGUGGAUAUCACGAGGCAAGGAAGAAAAGAUCUUUUCAUUAAAUCAAGCAGAAAUGGAAUUCAGGCAAUUGGCAAAUAUCAGUCUGCUAAUGCUUUUACAGUCUCCAAAGUAACAGUUAAAGGUGUCACGUGUGAGACAACUGUAGAGGAACUGUGCCCGUACCUUAAUGCUGGAUCACAUUGCCCAAGACUAUAUUGUCCUCGAAACUGUUUGCAAGAACAUUUCCAUGGUGCCCGUGUAAUUGGAACACGGUUUUAUUCUGAUAUAUCUAGCAUAUGCCGAGCAGCAGUGCAUGCUGGGGUAAUUCGUAAUCAUCAGGGAGGUUAUAUUGAUGUUAUGCCUGUGGACAAACGAAAACAUUAUAUCGGUUCUUUUCAGAAUGGAAUAUCGUCAGAAAGUUUACAGAAUCCACCCAGAGGCAAAGCAUUCAGAGUGUUUGCAGUCAUAUGAGUAAAGCAAUUAAGAUGCGUAAAUAAAUCGGAGCACUUGGAAAAAGGAAAUAGCGUGGAUUUGGUGUACUUCCUUAUCUCCCGAGUACGAAACGAUAAUGCAGAAAAGUCAUUGGACGUUUUCCUUGAAAAUGAGAUUGUUUAUAGAGACUUUCACAACUAUGUGGUUAACUGGAAAACUAGAUGAUCAUGGAAGAAUGCAAUUCAUAAAAAUGAAUUUCAUUGCAUCAAGAUAAUGUGUAGCGUAUACUACAUUUAAUUAAGGCCUUCUCUAUUCAUAUUACUCCCUGUUGUGUUACAAAAUGUAAAUAUGUCAAUAGCAUACUUGGCCAUUUUUAUUAUUACAGACCACUAAACUGAGAAAGAAGUAGCACUUAAUGUAAUAGUUUUAGAAACAGCUAUAACUGCGUAAUGCAGAGAAAUAAGCUUGAUAUACAUGACUCCUUGUAUGUAGUAAGUGCCCAGUGCCCAUUAGCUUGAGAGGGUUACAUAGCAGAAUGAUUAUUGAUGUACUGUAUAUGCAAGAACUAGUUGCACUAGUGUUUGUCAUUACAACAAAACUGUAUUUAAUCUCCCUUUGUCUGAAGUAUUACUCACACGUGCAUUUAUCUGUUUAUGUAUCUGUACAUAGACACACACAGUUAUUCAUGAGUAAACCAAUCAUACAUUACUUGUACACACAGAUAAAUAUAUAUAC